AUGAUGUCAUCACACAUCGACAAUUACACGGUGACAUCACUCCGCUCCCCGGGCGUUGCUCACAGAACCGAGUCUAGAAACACCGGUGGACCAAUUAAGAGCCGGUUUGUAGCAGUGUCGACAGUGGCUGCAGAAAGAGAGGGGCUGUUCACCUGCACUGAGUGUGGAAGGGGAUUCACUCAGGCAAAUGAUUUGCUGAGACACCAGCGAAUUCACACUGGGGAGACACCAUUCACCUGUUCUGAUUGUGGGAAGGGAUUCACUCAGGCAAAUGAUUUGCUGAGACACCAGCGAAUUCACACUGGGGAGAAGCCAUUCACCUGCUCCGAGUGUGGGAAGGGAUUCACUCAGGCAAAUGAUUUGCUGAGACACCAGCGAAUUCACACUGGGGAGAGGCCAUUCACCUACUCCGAGUGUGGGACAGGAUUCAUUCAGUUAUCCAACCUAUUGGUUCACCAGCGAGUUCACACUGGGGAGAAGCCGUUCACCUGUUCUGAAUGUGGGAAGAGAUUCACUUGGUCACAAGCCUGCAGAGACACCAGCGAGUCCACACUGAAACAAAUCCUUCCACUUGCACAGAGUCUGGGGAGGGACUCAUUCAGUUAUCCAACCUGCAGACAGACCAAGUUCACACUGAAGCAAGUCCUUCCAUCUGCAUAGAGUCUGAGGAGGGACUCAUUCAGUCAUCCAACCUGCAGACACACCAACAAAUUCACACUGAAUCAAGUCCUUCCACCUGCAGAGAGUCUGGGGAGGGACUCAUUGAUGUUAUCCAACCUGUUAACAGAACAGCGAGAUCACACUGACAAGAGACCUUUUAAAUGUCCAAACAAUGAGAAAUACUCUACAAGUUCCCUGGAGCUGAAGUGCCAUCAAGUUGUUCAUUAUGACGAGAGACCGUUCAGGUGCUCUCACUGCGGGACUGAGUUCAGGCGAUCAUCUGACCUCAGUGAACACCAAUACUCACUCUAGGGAGAGACCCUUCACUUUCCCCGAGUGUGGAAAAGGACUCACUCAGUCACCCAAACUGCACACACGCCAGCGUACUCACACUGGGGAGAGGCCAUUCACCUGCCCCGAUUGUGGGAAGGGAUUCACCCAGUCAUCCAACUUGCUGAGACACCAGUGAGUUCACACUGGGCAGAGACCAUUCACCUGCUCCGAGUUUGGGAAGGGAUUCACUCAGUUAUCACAUCUACUGAGACAUCAGCAUGUUCACACUGGGGCGUAACCGUUCACCUGCCCAGUAUGUGGGGAGGGAUUCACUCACUUAUCACACCGGCUAAGACACCAGCGUGUUCACACUGGGGAUAAACCAUUCACCUGCUCCGUGUAUGGGAAGGAAUUCACUCAGACAAAUGACCUGCUGAGACACCAGUGAAUUCACACUGGGAAGAGGUCAUACACCUGCUCCAAGUGAGAGAAGGGCUUCUCUCGGUCACCCAACCUCCUCCGACACACCAGCGAUUUCACAUUGGGCAAGACCUUUUAAAUUCCUGGACUGUGGGAAGUGAAAUAAAAGUUCUUGGGAAGUGUUCCAUCUACAUGUUCACGCUGACGAGAGACCGUUCAGGUGCUCUCACUGCAGAUCUGUAUCCAGGAAAUCAUUUCAAUUCACUGUACAUCAGGAAUUUCACAGUGGGGAGAGGCCAUCCACCUGCUUGACAUGUGGGAAGGAAUUUGCUGAGACACCAGCGAGUUCACAAGUAACCACUGUGAUUGGAUUUUGCUAUUAAUCAUAAUUAGGACUGAAGCAUGUCCAUUGCGUCUGUUUCUGUUGAUGUUAUUAAACUCCAACCCAGUUAUAGGGGCUAAUA